CGUCUCUUUCCCGCGACAACUUAACUGCCUCUGUUAGUGAAUUCUUCUGGACUCUGUCUCCUGAUCACUUGUAUUGGUGACCUCGAGUUAUAUGCUGUUCCUCGCAAGAGGAAAUGUUCUCUACGUGCACUUCACCAAAUCCUUCACAAUUUUGACAUCCUAUGAGGUCAUCCCUCAGCCUUUUCUCGAGAAAGAAAAAAACUUUAUCUGUUCGUCUUAUCCGGGCAUGUAUGAAAGUGAGAAUAAAAUAUGGAGUGCAAUUUGAAAUAUAUUUCGCUGGGAGUUUUAGUAUUUCAGACAACCAGUCUUGUUUUGACUAUGCGUUACUCACGGACUUUCAAAGAAGAAGGACCCCGUUACCUAGCUUCAACUGCAGUGGUCAUUGCUGAGAUGAUGAAGAUUGCAGCAUGUCUUCUAUUAGUUUUUAAAGAUGCUAGUUAUAGCAUUCAAGAAUUGCGUAGAUUAUUACAAGCUGAAAUUAUUAACAAACCAAUGGAGACAUUAAAACUUGCCAUUCCUUCUGGAAUAUACACCCUUCAGAACAAUCUCCUUUAUAUAGCAUUAUCCAAUUUAGAUGCAGCUACUUAUCAGGUUACUUAUCAGCUUAAAGUCCUCACCACAGCUUUCUUUUCUGUGACAAUGCUUAGAAAAAACUUGAGUGUUUAUCAGUGGCUCUCGCUUUUGACAUUAAUGGCUGGUGUUACACUUGUUCAGUGGCCAACAGACCCUCCAGAGGAACUGAAGAAAGAGAUCUCUGCAGGUUCUCAGUUUGUGGGUUUAAUAGCAGUACUCAGUGCUUGUUUUUCCAGUGGAUUUGCCGGAGUCUAUUUUGAGAAGAUCUUGAAAGGGACAAAACAAUCAGUUUGGAUUAGAAACAUUCAAUUAGGUUUGUUUGGCAGCAUUUUUGGAAUGAUGGGUGUAUAUGUGUACGAUGGUCGGCGAAUACACGAACACGGAUUUUUCCAAGGUUACAACAAAAUCACUUGGAUCGUUGUUACUCUGCAGGCUCUUGGUGGUCUAGUGAUUGCAGCGGUCAUCAAAUAUGCAGACAACAUCUUGAAAGGAUUUGCUACUUCGUUAUCCAUUAUUCUUUCAACAUUGAUCUCUUACUUCUGGUUACAAGAUUUUGUGCCUACCAGUGUCUUUUUCCUUGGAACCUUCCUGGUGAUAGUUGCAACGUUUUUGUAUGGAUAUGAACCGAAGAACAGCACAGAUCCAAACAAAGCAUGAUGCAGAGUCGGUUAGCAGAACACUUCAUUCAUGUGCAAGUGUAAAACUUGUUCAAAGGUCUAAACGCUAGCACCUGAAGCACUUGGAGUUGAUAUUAAGGAAAUUGUUGGCCAUGAUAACUUUCUCAAAUGUGAGAAAUAAUCAGUGAUUAGAGUAGUGGCACUCAAGACUUGAAAUAUUGGUGGUUAAAUGCAAAGCAUCACAUAUUAGACAAUUAAGUAGCCGAAAGGAUCAUGCUUGGCCUCAUGGUCAUAAUCUAUGCAAUGUGCAAUCAGGGUUCUUAAUUAGAGGUUUGCUGGUGAGAGGGGGUGAUUUUGAGAAACUGUUUUAAAUCAAAUUGAAGGCAAUUGCUUGAGUAAUUAUUUGAAAGAAGACAACUUGUUUUUAAAUGGGAACAUACUGGACAGCUGGCCUACGAUCUGGUCUUCAACUGUAGAUAGCAUAAUUUAGACCAACUCUUUAAAAAUAAAUACAAUUUAUUUCUAAAUUGUAUAAAGAAAAUUCUAAAACAAGCUAAGUUUUCAUUUGCAAUUUCUCGGAUAAACUAAUGUGGACCAUUUCUGUGCUCCCAAACUGUAAUUUCAGAUUUAAAUGGACCAAACCAUAAAAUUUGAUCCCAAAAGAUUGAUUAAGAAUCCAGAAACUUGUGAUGGAAAUUGAAAUGAAUUUAUUUAAUCUCCAUAAAGCAUUCGUAAACUUGUAUAUUAGUAUCACACUGUAUUAAAUCGUUUACUGUUGUAGAUAAAAUAACUUAUUUUGUCUGUAUAGUUUUAUAAUGGUAGUCACCAGAAAAUGGUAAGUCUAUCUAAUUUUUUUUUUGAUUCUUGCAAUGAGUAAACUCAAAACAUUUGUGAAGGAGGGAAAAAUGCUUUAUCUAUUGUUUAAAUGUUCUCUGAUUCUUUGCUGUGAAAUGACCAGUGCUACCUGAUAAAUGCGUAAUGAAAACUUCGGGUUGGGAACAGUAUUAACAAUCGCUCUUGAAUAUUACAAGAAUGACUGGAUUCUUUAAACGGUCUUCUUUACAUUGUUUUUCUUGGUAUCACUUUGCCCUUGAGCUUGUACAUAAAAUACUGUCCAUCUAAUAUAAGUAUUAAAUUUGACUAUUUGUUUAAUCUAUUUUGAUAGAAGACUUACAAGAAUUGUACAAGGGAAUUUGUAGGAUUUCAGUAGGAUAUUCUAAGAUAUCAACAGCUUUGACCUGACAUUAACCCCAAUUUUCUUUCCACAAAUGCUACCUGAACUAAUGAGUGUUCAUAACAUUUUAAACAUAGAUGCUGGAAAUCCAAGCAACACACACAAAAUGCUGGAGGAAAUCAGCAGAUCAGGCAACAUCUAUGGAAAUGAAUGUUUCGGGCCAAAACCCUUCAAAGGGUCUCAGCCCAAAAUAUUGACUGUUUAUUCAUUUCCACAGAUGCUGCCUGACUUGCUGAGUUCCUCCAGCAUUUUGUGUGCGUUUAUACAUUUAAUGUUUGUACCUCAGACUUCCAGCAUCUUCAUUGUUUAUAAGUUAAAAAUCAUAUGUCAACUUUAAAGGAUUUUAUUGAAUUAAAUCUUCAUUGGAAUAUGCAAUGCCCUGUCACUAUAACCAAGACUUCAUCAUUCAAAUGUUAUUACAUAAUGUAAAUGACAGCACUUUUCAGAUUGUUCUUUUGUCAAAAAUGAAGUUUUUUUUCUGGGGGUGAAUUUGAAAGAUGCUUUAAUGUCAAGAAGUUUUGAAAUUAAGUAUGGUAUUCCACACAACUAAUGUUAAAUACGUAUUGAUUUGUGAGCCAGGAAUUUAUUGCUGCUUGGUUAAACCUUGCACAUUUUAAAUGAAAUUUGUGUUUCCCUAUUUUGUCAAUAAUUAAUAUGGUUAUCAAUUACUGCAACCUGAUUGAUUUUAUUUUUGAAUGCUACUAAAACUCUUGUUUUAUAUUAGACAGUUACUGGCAGCUGAUGUUUUUUGCUCCCUCAGCUAUUAUUUUCUCUGCUCCAAAUUUACCAAUAUUUAAUACUAAGUUCCUGAAGGCAUUAUCUUUUACUUUGAUAAGGUUACAGAAAUAUUGGUUUUCCGUGGCAGUAAAUCAGCCAUUCCUUAUACAGUGCUUGAAAAUGAAUGUUUGCUGUGUUCUUAAUUCUGAAGUUAGUUCUGAGUGUCAGUCAUCCAUUGUCCAUUCUAUGUUCACCUCCUCAAAAACAUGAACUUUUAGCAAUGGUGUUUAGUUGGAAAUGGGAGUGGGAUCUACAAAGGAUUUUCUUGUAUGUUUGACCAGUGAGGCCAAAGGUAGUCCAACAAGAACGGGCGUAUUUAUGAUCUGCUGAAUCAAUAUCAACUGGCAGCUUUCCCAUUUAUUUGAAUGCUCUCCCAGCCGCAAUAGGAGAUAAUUGUGUUCACAAGCUUUGCAACUAUUUUUUUGCUCCCACUUCAAAGCCAAUAACGAGACCUCUUUGUAUUCAUAAAGGCAUUAUUUUAAAGAAUCAACAAUAGGGUAAUGACAUGCAGUACAGCUGACUAUUUGGGUGCAUUCAGCUCAGUGAAAGCACUGAAAGAAAAAUGGCUUUUGAAUUGUUAAAUGCUGUAAACAUGCUAAAUCUCUAAUUACAGAGUAGAUGAAGGGUAGUGGAAUUGGCUGAAUUUCAUAAACACUAAUUCAUUAAAUAUUUAGUUUUUCCCAAUAUAAUAUUUUGGCUUCAUAGUUUUGACGAGUGAUGGUACUGCAUGAAAUUCUUUUGCUUUGAGUACCUGGUAUAUUUGAAAGGAUAAAUUCAAAUAAUAUUUAGCUCCUUGUGAGCUGGUGUCCAUGUUUGCAACUUUUAAUGACAAUAUAUUCACAUUACAAAAAUGUACUGUAUUUGUAUGAAAGUGUUUUAGCAAUGUUACUGUAUAUUCCAAUGAAGAAAGUCCACAGCAGCUUGCAUCACAAGUAUCAAUCGUAAUGCAUUGGUUUGGAAUGGGUUUCUUGUUGGGGGAAAAUGGGAUCUAAAAGUUCAAAAUUCCUCCCAUUUUUAAAUCAUAUUAAAGAUGUGCUUAUUUGACAAUGGUAAAAUGGAUUUAGAAUUUUUUUCAAUUGUAUUUUAACUUUUCUGUAAAUCUGCCAAAUUGGAAUGCAUAUUUUAUAAAUAAAGUCUU